AAUAGUUUAUGCGCAAGCGCUCAAGCCGAUAAUCCUACUGUAUACAGAUUACCGUCGCCAGACGUUUACUUAGUGAUGGCUAUAAAAAUUGAUUGGAAACCGCCUGCUGAUGUGAUUGAAGAAUGUUUGAUGAAAGGCAAGCUGAAGAGCGACUGUCAGAAUUACAUCCGAGUUCUGGCCCGCCAGUCUGCCGGUAAAGCGCUAAUAUGUGGGACCCACGCUUUCUCACCGAAGUGCCGUGAGUAUGUGUAUUCCAGCAUUGACGGCACUUUGAAAAAUACCCGACAAUUUGAUGGCCAGGGAAUAUCACCUUAUGAUCCCCGCGAUAAUUCAACGGUUGUCUACCUUCCGGAAACACGUGAGAUCUACACAGGAACGGUGUCAGACUUUGUUGGGAAUGAUCCAUUGAUUUACCGUAAAAGGAUAGGUGAAAAUGAUAGGGACAAUGGGAUCAGGACCCAGAGAGACGAUGCUAGAGUGCUUGACUGUGAGUUAAAGUUUUCAAAGCAAACGAGUGGUAUUAUUCCUAUUACUUCAGCACCUAACUUUGUUGGCUCAUUUGUAUACAAGGAACAUGUCUACUAUUGGUAUAGAGAGCGAGCCGCUGAAGCUAUGGAUAACAAUGAAGAGCGACAGAUCUAUGCUAGGGUAGCUCGCGUUUGUCGAAAUGAUAAAGGAGGGGCGCGGCCUGCCAACGAGCGAUGGACAUCGUUUAUGAAAGCUCGAUUGAAUUGCUCACUGCCAUCCGCAACUCCUUUCUACUUCAAUGAGCUCAAAGCUGUCUCUGAUCCAAUAGUGUCAUCAGCUAACGAUCAUCGAGUCUAUGCCGUGUUCUCCACACCAGAAUCUGACGUUCGAAUGAGCGCAGUCUGUGCAUUUUCCAUGAAGCGGAUAAGGGAAGAAUUUGAUUAUGGAACAUUUAAGCAGCAGCGCACGGUAAACUCUCUUUGGGUUCCGUAUAACCGUAAUGAGAUUCCAAGACCACGACCAGGCGCC